CUUCAAUUCUUAGCUUCUGCGAUGAAUGGCUUUGGGGGAGGUGUCCGUCGAUUUCUCGCGUCUGCGACGGGGAAUGGUGCUACCUCGCCCCCUCCGGGCUCUGAUCUCCCCCUAAAGCCUGGAGCACCAACAUGGCCGCCAGACUCUUCUCCAACAAUAUCUUCAUCCCCACCAUCCACUGCAGCUUUGUCGUUUCGGAAGGACAGACAAGAUGACCCUGACUCACCAAGGUCACCGGCACCCGUACAGAGAGCGCUAAAUGGCAUUUCUGCACGGUCGCAGUCAAGCUCACCGUCAAGACAAUUGCCGUCGUCACUUUCCCGCGUGGCGAACCAACCCACGAGGCUAUCGACAUCUAGGACUGCCAUACAACCGCCCUCCAAUAUCAGGGACGAACUACUACUCAGUCUUCUCGCAAGCGAGGCAGUGGUGGAUAGUCGCGAUUUCGAGAUUCUGACUUCAGAGGAAGUCGAAGAUCUCAAGAAAGAGCAACAAGACCUUGUCUCCCGACAGACGGCGUUGGCCAAGAAGUUGACCCUUGACACCAAGAUGCGAGACGCCGCUAAUUCACUUAACCGUGUCAACGCUGGCCGCAAGAAUGGAUCUAAACAGGCAGAAGAGCAACUAGAGGCGGCUAACAAACGCGUCGAAACGACUGAGCGGGACCUUGCACGGAUCAACGAUCGUGCAAGCGAGAUCACCAAACGCCUUCUCGAGCACCGAGCCGGGGUACUCAGCUACUCUGUGCGAUCUAUGGAGCGGAAGAUGGCGCCAGAUAGCAACAACGACUCAGGCUACAAUACUCCUUCGGGUACACUUCGCAGUCCAACUGGUUCGUCAGCUAGUGCAAGUCUCUCUCAAAAGCCGCGAUUUGAUGGUGCACAUUUCUUUGCGGGUCAUGCGGAAACCGUAGUGCCGUCUACCUCUGCCAAAGCACCCCCGGCAGCAGCUGUGUUGGAGCUUGAGGAAAAGUUAGCGAAAGCAACAGAGGCUUUGGCGGUGUCAAGCGCCAAGCAAGCUGAGCUCGCUCGCGAACUUUCUGUUGCUCGCUCAGAGAAAGAAGCGUCAGACGCCCAGGUGGCUCGGGCUGAAGAAACCAUUGCGGCUUUAGAAUCGGAGACGAUUGACGGAGAGGCCCAUGCGCGCGAGAAGACAGCCUGGGAGGAAGAAAGGGCAGAAUGGGAGCGAGAAAAGAUGACGCUGGAAGAGCAGCGGUUGGAAGAUCUUGCUCAAUUACAAGAAGAAACCGAGCGACUGCGCGAGGUGGAUUCCAAUGCCCUCAAACGAGCCCAGGAAGAACUUGAGGACGGCACAUCGGCUUUACAGGACCUGGUCGACAGGUACAACAUCCCUCUAUACUCCCGGGACCCCACCAUUCCUGUGUUUGUGUCGACAUUGGCAUCUCAUUUGCAGGCUCUGGCCACCAAGAUAGAGAUGUUGACGGCGGCCCAAACCGAUUGGGAAAACACUCGACGCAAACUCGAGGAUGAUGUACGGGCUGGAUUCGACAAGCGAGAAACUUUGUCUCGGGAGAUCGAAGAGGCACGUAGAGAACGUGAGGAAGCAAGGAAGGAGGCGCGAGCAAUGGAACUCCGGGUCAAGACGGACAUUCGUCCAGCGGCUCUUUCUCCCUUGCCGUCUCCGCGUGAUUUCUCUGGGGACAACAAACAACUGCUUGCAAUCCUACAGCCUGUAUGGGCGAUUCUUCCAUCUCCAGAAGCAAGGGCGGCCAAAUUUGGAACACAGAGGUUCCGUGCUGGAUCUGGAGCGAAUUCACCGAGUAGUCCCAAUCCGAGUGGCCCUCCAACUUCGCUUUCGGAGCUCGAUGUUCGGUCGUUAAAGACUCUGUAUGACCCGCGGACACCAUCAUCACCCUCUCCAAACAGUACUGCGUCAUUCUCGCUCGAUGCUUUCGUGCAACGGGUCCAGGCGCUGGUCAACGAUGACCGGGCGUUGAUUGAACGUCUUGUGCGUUUUGCUCAGGCUCACGACUUGCUGAAGAAGAACGCCGAGCGCGCGCAAAAGCUCGCUACUGAGAGCAGUACGGCUUUGGAGGUGUACCAGAAACAAGUUGCGAUUCUGGAGGAGCGGAAUAUGGAUCUGGCAACACGUGUUUCAGCACUCCAAGAUGAAGUGGCCGGGCUGACGAACACAAUUGAGAGGGUGCGGAAAGAGAAAGUCGAUAUGGAGACAGCGGCAGCAGAGCAAGCGGCCACAUGUGCGCAACUGACAGAGGCAAACAAUGCGCUCAGUGCUAAAACGCUUGCGUUGGCGGAAGAAGCGGCUUCAGCGCCAGAGGUGUUGAGGAAACAGCUGGAAGAGACCAAGGCCGCGCUUGCUACUGCCCAGGAGGACAUCGAGGCCAUGCGCACGGCCGAGCAGGGACAGAGCAUGGCGUUGUUGGAGGAGCUUAACUCGCUCCAAGAGCAAAACGCCAAGUUGCGAGACCAAAUGAGGGCGAUCAAGAAGUAG